CCUGGGUUAUAACAUCCGACUUGACAUCACUUCACACGACAUUCUCGACACGCAAUCACAAUUCUCGCGCGCAGGAUCGUCUCCACAUAAGACCAGCAUUUCAUAGCCAUGGCUUCUGCGGCAUCAUCUUCUCAGCCGCAGCAGGCGGCGUCUUCUGCGAACCUCACGGUCCUGCCUCCGAUAGUGACGGAUGCUUCAGCUAAGCGGCCGGGCCGCCAACGCUCUUCCUCAUACGCCCGUGAGCGCCUGUCAACACAUUCGAAUGUCUCGCUUGCUUCACACAACCGGUCGCGGCCCGGGUCACAUGUCUUUCCCAUCUUCCAUUCCAGUCUGUCAUACGCUCUGGUGCGCGAUUUUGCAUACCCACCGAUACAUCCCCUCCAUUAUGGUCCGCUGCCUCCUCGGGCAUCCGUAGCAUCCACCCCGGCCAGUGAGCCACGACGCCUGUCUGACCCUCCGGCUCCGUGGGAUAGUUCGCGUGGUCAGUGGUCUAUGGGCCCCUGGAGCACUGAUCACAGUUACGCGCAUCAGCAGCUGCCUGCCAUGUCCUUUGGCGAUGGCCCGCCAUACAGCGAAGACGAAGACCUACACAGUCCAGUUUUCUCCACACCCCAUCACCGGAAGAACAAGUCCACUGGCACCGAUUCUGAUGGGCGCAAGAGCCGGAAGUUCAAUCGUGCACACGGAAGUGUGUAUUAUGAGAAUGACGCCGAACGGGGCACGCUCGUCAGCAUGAACCCGGAUGGCAGCGAGACUUACUAUGUGAAUGAUGACGACGACGAUGAUAUGGACGAUGGCCCCGGGGGCGAGUAUGUCACCUAUCCAGCUAACGAAAGCCGGUUUUCCCGAGCGGGCGAUUACGGCAAUGAUCAGUCCUAUGGGCACGAGGGUGACUUCGAAUCCGAGGACGAUUAUGAAACACAUCGGUAUUCGCGUGAUUUUCAAUUUGCGGUGGGAUGUCCGGAUGAAGAGAUGCACGGCAAGGCGGUUGCGCUCUUUGAUUUCACACGCGAGCACGAGAAUGAGCUGCCUCUAACCGAGGGGCAAGUAAUCUUCGUGUCAUACCGGCACGGUCAGGGCUGGCUGGUAGCGGAGGAUCCCCGGACGGGCGAGAGUGGACUGGUUCCUGAGGAGUUCGUCCGGCUGCUCCGUGAUAUUGAAGGCGGGUUGACGUCGUUGAACGGCGAGCCCGAUCCGGAAGAUGACGACGAGGGUCAUCAGCAUACGUACCAUGAUCCGGUCUCGAAUAGUAGCUCGCAUCAACAGACGAUACCAUCUGCCACGACCGAGCAACAGGCCCAGCAACAAGACCCGCCGGACGCAACUCGUGAAGCUGCCAUGAACGGAGAGAAAGGGGAAGAAGGUGCUCCUCCCAAGUCAUCGUCGCUUAGCGGUGGCAACACUGAUUCGAACCUGUCACAUCUGAGCGCAUCAGAAAAGCAGGGUAUUGACGUUCCGACCGAGAAGAACAGUCACAUUCAGGCUUGUUAAAAUUAAUUCCCCCACUGUACAUGCCCCCCCCUUCUAACCC